AUGGCUCGCCAUCUGAGCGAGCAUCCUUUGUUUGAAAGACUUACAAAAGAGGAAGAGGACAGUGAUCCCGUUGUGCCACUUCUCUUUGAAAGCACUGAGGAAGGCCAGAAAGUGUCUCGAAAUGAUGGUGACAAAUAUAUGGCUGUAUUCAGACGAAUAGCUGAUCCAAGCUGCAUGGGCGAAGAGGAGUAUGAAACCCUGCCCACGCAUAGUGUUGGGGUUCACCUAGCCGCAGGUGCAGCAGCUGGCGCUGUGGAGCACUGUGUGAUGUUCCCGUUUGAUAGCGUCAAGACACGGUUACAGAGUUUAUGUCCUUGUCCAGAGACGAAGUGCCCUACACCUGUUCAUUCACUAUGGAAUAUUGUGAGAAGAGAAGGUUGGCUUCGGCCGUUGAGGGGAGUUAAUGCUGUUGUAAUCGGAUCAGUGCCUGCACAUGCCCUAUACUUUGCCGUAUAUGAAAAGACCAAAGGUUACCUUACGGGAAAUACAGCUGGUAUGUCAAACAUGUUGUCAUAUGGUGCUGCUGGGGCCGUGGCAACCUUGGUACAUGAUGCGGUGAUGAAUCCUGCCGAGGUCGUUAAACAGCGGAUGCAAAUGCAGUUUUCCCCGUACGGAUCUUCCCUUGAAUGCGUACGUUGUAUUUAUCGGAGGGAAGGCAUGGCAGCUUUCUAUAGAUCUUAUACAACGCAGCUGAUUAUGGCAGUUCCAUUCCAAUCCAUUCAUUUUAUGACCUAUGAGUUCUGGCAACAGAUCCUGAACCCGAAACACCAGUAUGAUCCAAAAUCACAUCUAAUUGCUGGUGGUUUUGCUGGUGGAUUAGCAGCUAUGAUAACGACGCCACUGGAUUGUGUGAAAACUGUGUUGAAUACGCAACAAACCCCAGAAAUUGUAUGUCAGAAGGAAAUUCUUCUUAAGGUAAGAGAAUAUCAUUGGCUUUGUUCUGCUUCUUAUCUUAGCGCUGUGCUUUUCUGA